AUGUCUUCAACAACUCGUCGAAAUGUUUCUACUUCAUCAAAACAUCAUACAUCAAUAUCAAUAUCAAAACCUAUUGAAACAUCUCCAUCAACACCUACACUACCACCACAACCAUCAGGUCGUUUUCAAAUUCAACGUUCAUCAUCUUCAUCAUCAUCAGAUGCUUCAAAUGGUAGUGAUGAAAUUGUAACUAAACGUACACGGCAACGACGUAAAAAACCAACUCUUUCAAAUGAACGUUCAAAUAUAUUAAAACAAAUGAAAUAUAAAACACAAGAAAGGAAGAAUUCAGAUGCAGCGACAACAACAACUACUACUACAAUUACUGAUAAUAAUAAUAAUACUAGUCAUAAUGAUAGUGGAAAUAGUCUAAAUGGUACAAAAAAAUGUUCAUUUCAAUUUAGUGAUGAUGAUGAUGAUACAAAUAAUAAUGAUGAUGAAAAUCAUAAUACAACAACAACUAAUAAUAAAAAUAAUAAUAUUGAUGAUGGUGAAACACCUGAAAGUUAUGAAGAUGAAAAUGAUAAUGAAGAUAAUCAUAAUAAUAAUAAAAAUUGUAAUAUUAAAAAUGAAUAUGAUGAUGAUGAUGAUGAUGAAGAAAAUAGUUCUUCAACAAAACGAAAAAUUAGUCAUGGUGAACGUUGUAAACGCAUAGCAGAAAAACAAAAAGAAUAUAAUGAUAAUUUACUUGGACAAUCAACAUAUAUAACAAAUAAAGAAAAUAAACAAAUAAAUCAUUCAAAUCAUCGUUUAAUUCUUGAAUUAGAUAAAACAACAAAUGAAUCAUUAAUUGAAGUUUCACCAAAAUUAGUUCAACAAUUAAAACCUCAUCAAUGUGAUGGUAUAAGAUUUUUAUGGAAUAAUGUAUUUGAAUCUAUUGAUGCAAUUGAAAAUAAAAAACAAGGAAAUGGUUGUAUAUUAGCACAUUGUAUGGGUUUAGGGAAAACUUUACAAGUUAUUAGUUUUAUUCAUACAAUUUUUAAUUAUGAUAAAAUAACAAAUGUUCGAACAUGUCUUGUUCUUUGUCCAAUUAAUGCUGGUAAUAUAUUAUUAAUAUAA